AGCAGCUAGUCGCUCGAAUCACCUCGUGCUUUGCGGCACACUCGUGCGCCCAUGUACGUGCGGCGCGAUUUCGUUAUAGCGCUUUGUCAUAUAUUGGGCAUUUUUUUCAAUAUAACAUGCUGUGCAAAAUUUCGGUGAUAAUCGUCUCCGUUCUGUCAGUCCAUCUUUGUCUGAUCUUCUUGCUUCCGGCCACGACGACGACGGUUCGAGAUUCCAUGGGCAAUUCCAGACUCGUGGUUAUAGAUACCGAUGCAGGAGGCGACGACGCCGUCGCUAUACUCUUGGCAUUGGCCGUCGACGAAGUCCAGGUCGUUGCCAUCACCUGCUCGUACGGAAAUACCGAUGAAGAUAAGGUGGAGACUAAUGUGCUCAAGAUUCUCACUGUUGCCGGAAGAUCUGACAUUCCAGUGUACGGCGGAGCAAAAAGGCCUCUGCUCAAGAAGUACAAAGCUUCGGAAUACUUCGGUAAAGACGGCUUCGGCGAUUUCCAAUUCGAUGGGCGACUGAUCGGUAGUAUCGACAGAUCAAAACACGCCGCUAUCGCACUUAUAGAAUUGGCUAAAACAUACCGAGGUGAAAUAAGUGUGGUGGCGUUAGGCCCACUGACGAACAUUGCACUGGCAGCUUCGCUAGAUCCAACUUUCACGCAGAACGUACAGAGAUUUUACGUUAUGGGCUCGAGGGUGGACGAGCUGAAGAACGCAAAAAACGCCUCGCUGGAGUUCAACUUCGGUUUGGAUCCAGAAGGCAACGCGAUUUUUUUGAAAGAGCCCACGAACUUAACAACACUCGUCACGCCUUACGACGUUGUACACAGUAACACCAUCGAUAUGAAAUGGCGAAUGAAGAUACUGGGAACAUCAGAUUCGGCGGUCGCGCAGUUCCUGAACAAAGCUGAAUCGGUAGUCCUCAAAAACAUUCCCGACAAGUGGUCCGUCGCGGAUUCGAUAACCGUUGCAACGAUGAUCUGGCCGGAACUUGUUACCGAAUCCCUCGAAGCUCACAUGUCAGCGGAUCUCCACAGUCCUUUGGGGUCCGGUUCGGUGAUAGUCGAGGCAAAUGGAUACAGCGCCAAGAGGAAUAACGUAGAGAUUAUCAGAGGGCUGAAUAUGAUAGGCUUUCAGGAAAAGCUCUUGAGGUAUUUGGCGUGAAUUAUGCGAGAAAAGAAGAAACGUGUAAAUAGCGAUGACGAUUUAUGUUGACUAAUUCUUAUGACGUGCGUAUUGCUUACUCAUGUAUAUAUUUAAUAAAAACAAUGCCAUUUUCUUACAAA